AUGGCAAACCUCACGUAUCAAAUUAUGAUAAGUAGAUAAGGGGAACGAAAACAUCGACAUAGUUUUAUCUCUAAACAAGUGCACACCACCACAUAUUUCAAAUAUCCGUGUUUAGUUCUUUUUAAGAGUUUUAUAUCAACUGGACUAGUCUUAGUAAGACUAUUAAUUCGUGCAUGGCUAUAUUGUUGUACCUUAGUGCCUGCUUGAGCCUGUCCCUUGCGGCCCCUAGUGGAAAAGGGGUCUCUUCUGACAUUAAACAUGUGAAUCUUCUGAUGCCGGAGGUCCAGCCUAAAAAGGCGGACACAUACCUAUGUACUCCGAUGAAAAUGGGCGAGACACCAACAUAUCUUAUUGGGUUCGAGCCCCAUGCAAACAUGGACAUUGCCCAUCAUAUACUGCUGUACGGAUGUGCUACACCAGGAAGUAAAGACCAUGUUUGGAACUGCGGCGAAAUGGCUUCCCGAAGCUCCAGUUAUGAAAAGGGACCUGUGUGUGGAAGUGGUGCCAAAAUUCUGUACGCAUGGGCCAUGGACGCACCCUCACUGUCCUUACCAGAGGAAGUUGGAUUUAAAGUAGGUGGAGACACUGGAAUCAACUACCUUGUUCUACAAGUUCAUUACAAAAAUGUGGAUUCAUUCUUACCACCAAUUAAUGGAGUAGAUAGCUCUGGUAUUACCUUGACGGAAACAGACAAACCACAACGCCGGCGGGCUGGCGUUUACUUGUUGGGAACUUCCGGUACUAUCAGACCACACACUAUAACGUACAUGGAGACAGCGUGUGGAUAUGACAACGAUUUUGCAGUUUAUCCGUUCGCUUUCCGAACACAUGCACAUACACAUGGUCAGGUUACCUCAGGAUACAGAAUCCGGGAAGGACAGUGGACAGAAAUAGGAAGAAAAUCACCUCAAAAACCUCAGAUGUUUUAUAAUGCAACAACUCCAGGACUAGUGGUACGGAAAGGAGAUAUACUGGCUGCGAGAUGUACCAUGAAGAACGAUUUGAAUAGAAGAGUAGACAUUGGGAGUACACAGAACGACGAGAUGUGUAAUUUCUACAUGAUGUACUAUACCGAGGAACGGGAUAAGACCAUGCCCAGUACAUACUGUUUCAGUUCAGGACCUCCCACAUAUUACUGGGCAACCGACCCUAAAAUGUCCUCCAGCGUCAACAACAUACCAGAAACAGCGAGUGUCAUACCAGGCACGGACAAAGUCAUACAUCAAACGGCUGAACCAGGCCUGUAUGAAGACAAGGGCACUGAUAAAUAUGAAAGUGACAUCUAUGACGUCAAAGGGGCCGACAUGAAUAUAGACCCAGCAUCACUAGAACCAUACGAACUAGACCGGCUGAUAGAGUAUCUCAAAGAACGUGGCCCCAGGGCAUAUGAUGAAGAGUAUUAUUGAUUUGAAUAUUGAAGAUAUUUCAUCUUGGCAUAUCAAUGUUAACAAUAACACUGAAUUAAAAAACAUCAGUAUUGGAUUUAUUCUAUAUAUGGACAAUUUUAGAGGGAUAUUUCCUCUAUAUAUAUUUCAAACAAAUUGAAAAUAAAUGGUGACAUGAAUUACAUUAUUUUUCAUAGCCAUAGAGUAUGUAGAUCCGCCAACCUGAAUUUAUCCAACAAUAUAUCAUGUUUGCCUACUAGUAUUUCGUGUUUAUAAAAUAUUGAUAAAAAAGAAAUAGCGGUCUCCCGCGUGUAAUACAUUACUUCUUGACAAAAUUAUGACGCUUUACAAACGAGUUCGCAUACUUCUUUCCAUUUUUAAAUUAAUACUGCAUUUCUGACACUAGCAAAUAGAUGACAUUAUGUGUCAGACACUUGCAUUUAUUAUUAUUGGUUUAUGAAACAGUGAGAAUCAAUCAGCAAGUACAUUACAGUUUACGGAGAUAGUCGAGCUCACCACGACCGUCCAGUACAUAAGUAGUUACACAAAUUUAGAGUUCCAAGAUUCGUGUACGAAAACCAAUCAUCAUUCACAUAAAAUACCUUCUGUCUACAGUAAUCGUCUGUGCUUCUGAGAGACAGUAUCUACUCUAUAUAUGUAAUACACUGUUGAAAUGUAACGAAACUUUUUGUUCAGUACAUUAAUUUCAGACAAUUGUAGGUAUGCAUGUAUUCAUUUCUAUUCAGGCCCGCUGUUUUUAUUUGUUGAAGAAUUAUAAUUUUACAACUAUAAUUGGUUCUUUAAGUACGUCAAAAGUUUGCUUAGAUAGCUAUGCCGAAUGAUAUGUGAAUAUAGAACUUCCGUGGGUAUCAAUAUCUGUAGAAGGUCGGUGCGCCGUACUAACUGCCUUAUUCUAAGUGAAAAUACGUAUUUCUUAAUGUAAAGUAUUUAACAUGCAAAACAAUAGAAUGCUUAAUGCUAAAUCAAGUGCUAAAUGUCAGGUACUUAAUUGUAAUUGUACAGUAAAACUACAAAAAGCUUAAUGUCAAAUGCAAAUCAUUGUCACAUCCAUUUCAAACUAAAUGAUACUUACAUCCAUUAUGUCGAGACAUCCUAUUUAACCAGUCCGAUAAGAAGCAAAAAAGUAGCAUGUUUUCCGGUCAUGCAGAAAAAGGAAAAUGAUUUGAAAGGCGUUCAAAAAAGACAAAUAUAAAAAAAACGCCUAUGACAAAUUUAAGGAUGAUUUCACCGCAUUCACUGUGCACUACUUUGAGUUGUUGAUUUAACUAAGGCCUAACAAUAUGCAUUUUGGCAUUUAUUGGUUCGAAUUUUGCACUUAACAAGUAUCAUUGAGAAUUUAGAAAUUAACAAUUGACAUUCAGUAUUUGGCUAUCAGCACUUCCGCGUACUAUGUAUUAAGUAUAUUUGGCAGUUAGCAUAGUGCAGUGGCCUUUCACAGAUAUCUUCCAUUAAUACAACAGGGCAUAAAACAAUGUUUAAUGCAACACUGAUUUGCUCUUAUUUUAAUGAUAGUAUAAAACACCAGCAAGCAUAAAACAUCAGUAAACUUUAACAGUGCAUGAAAUAUUGUUAAUGGUAAACGUUUACAGUGCGUGAUAUAUUGAUAAUAGUGUAAAACAUCCGUAAAAUCUAACAGUGCGUGAUAUAUUGAUAAUAGUACAAAACAAGAGUAAACUCUUACAGUGCGUGAUAUAUUGAUAAUAGUGUAAAACAUCCGUAAAAUCUAACAGUGCGUGAUAUAUUGAUAAUAGUAUAAAACAAGAGUAAACUCUUACAGUGCGUGAUAUAUUGAUAAUAGUGUAAAACAUCCGUAAACUCUAACAGUGCGUGAUAUAUUGAUAAUAGUGUAAAAUAUCGGUAAACUCUAACAGUGCGUGAUAUAUUGAUAAUAAUGUAAAACAUCCGUAAACUCUAACAGUGCGUGAUAUAUUGAUAAUAGUAUUAAACAUCGGUAAACUCUUAACAGUGCGUGAUAUUUUGAUAAUAAUGUAAAACAUCCGUAAACUCUAACAGUGCGUGAUAUAUUGAUGAUAGUAUUAAACAUCGGUAAACUCUUAACAGUGCGUGAUAUUUUGAUAAUAAUGUAAAACAUCCGUAAACUCUAACAGUGCGUGAUAUAUUGAUAAUAGUAUUAAACAUCGGUAAACUCUUAACAGUGCGUGAUAUUUUGAUAAUAAUGUAAAACAUCCGUAAACUCUAACAGUGCGUGAUAUAUUGAUAAUAGUAUUAAACAUCGGUAAAGUCUUAACAGUGCGUGAUAUUUUGAUAAUAAUGUAAAACAUCGGUAAACUCUUAACAGUGCGUGAUAUAUUGAUAAAGGUAUAAAUCAACAGUAAACUCUAACAGUGUAUGAUAUAUUGAUAAAAUCGGUAAGCUCUUAUACUGAUAAUUGCCUAGAAAUAUCAAUAAGCUGUCAUACUGAUAACAGCAGUAAGCUGUUAGUACAAAACAGGCACCAGUGACCGCGUAAACUAAUAGCAUAUUUAAGGUUGGUACUGAUUACUUUAUCUAAAACAUCUCUCAAAUGAUAUCCUAGAAGCUGUUCAUUUAGUUGGUGUAAUCAAUUGGAAUAAAGUUCUUUCUCCAUUACUAAAAUAUGUAGUACAGCCAUGGCGUACAGGUUGUCCCACGUCUACGACCCUUUGUACGUCGUUUCCACGAAACCGGAAACUGACGGACAAGGCCGAAGAUAGCCGAUCGUCGUAGUAUGAUACAUCUGAGGAAGACAACAGUCCGUUGUCGAAACUGUCAUGGUAAAAACAUAUUUUAGUAGUGUAAAAAGAACUUUAUUCCAAUCUCUCAAAUGAUCACUUUGCCGUGAGCUGAUGUGGGUAGGCGUUUCUUUGGCGUUGGCAGAAGGUUAAGUAAGCAUGAUUAGUGUUAUCGUCUGCUUUAAGCGAGUUUUGUAUACGUAUUCUCAAUAGACUAGUUAUGACAUUCGUUGUCUAUAAGCUUGAUCUUUGAUAAGGGGACUGGCUUAAAAAUAAGCAUCUUUAAUUUUAGGACAAGAAAUGUACUUUCAAAAGGAAAAGGUACAUUAUUUAAAGAAGUAGAUAUUCCUUCUUGAGGUAGAAUGGAGUUAUUUUAAUAAAUUGAUAAACAGUUUUAAAACAGUGCAAUGCAUCAUAUGUAAAUAUAUUUAUCUGUUUUGUUUGAAAAUAAAUGAUAUGUUCGUUAUUAAAGAUCUAUAUUACCA